AUGAAAGAUGAUAAAGAGGAUAUUCUAUCGAAAAAUUUCUUAAAACAAAGAAUAAAACAUGUGAAAAAUCUACUAAUUAGGGAAAAUGAAAUGCCUAAAAUUGAUCAGGUCUUUAAAUAUGAAUUAAAAACAAACAUCACAGGAAUAAAUGAUUUACUACAUUAUAUAAAUGGAAUUAUUUAUAAAAAUAUAGAUACCUUUCAGAAAUUAAUCCUGUUGUACUCCUACGAUGAUAACAAUGAUUAUGAUAAUUCAAAUAUUAAACAAAACACUUUUGUUUUCUUAUUGAAGCAAAAAACGAAAUUCAGAGAGAAAUAUAAAAAUGAAAAUUAUAUAGAUUAUUUAAAAACAAAUCCUAUAAUUUUUAUUGAUACUCUUAACAAAUUAUUAAUUAUACCAGGUAUAAGCUUCGAGUUCAAGACUUAUAAUUUUGAUGAAAAAAUCAAUAAAUUCUUUGUAGAAAAACCAGAUAUAAAAAUAAAUAGUCUAUAUAAUCCAUGUUUCAUUAGACUAAAAAGUAAAAAUUUUAAAAACGUCAUUAAAAUCAGUAAGAAAGUAGAAAAAAAUCAAAAGAAAAAUGAUAAAAAAAAGGAUAAAAGAAUUGAACACCAUAUUGAACAUUAUUUUGUAAAAAGAAACUUCACAAGCAUCACAAAAAAGUCGAAAGCGGAUUUCAUUUCAAAACAAGACAGUAAUUAUAAAAAUGAAUUAAAUAUCAAGACUGAGGAAGUUAACAGCGAUGAAAUAAAAUGUAAAACGGAAUAUGAUGACAUAAAUAAUAACUAUAAAGAAAAAUACAAUUAUGAAAUUAAUGAAAAGAGUAAACUAAAUGAUGAUAAUGAUAACAUUGAUAGAAAUGAUAAUUAUAAUAAUGAUAAAAAUGAUAAUGAUAACAAUGGUAGUAAUGAUGAUAAUAAUAAUAAUAAUAAGGAUAUUAAACAUGAAUAUAAGAAAGAAAGAAGAAAAAGAAGGAACCAUUAUAUGUGCACCAUUUCAGAAGGUUUUAGUAACACUAAUUAUAACAAAAAACCUAAAAAAAGUAGUAGUAACAAUUUGAAAAAGAAGUGUAACAAGUAUGCUCAUACUAAAGUUUUAAAAGAUGAAGAGGAAUAUGAAAGUAGCGUAAAUUAUGAUAGUACUACACAUAGUAAAAGUGUACACUUAUUUUAUAACUUAAUUAGAGAAUACGAUGUAUACAUAAACAAUGUUAAGUGUUACAUUGUUUUUGAUUUAAAGAGUUAUUAUAAAAACUUAGAUAUAAUGAAGAAAUUAAAAAAAAAUUUAGAAGAGUUAAAAAAACCAAAUAACGUUUUCAAAGAAUUAAUAGACAAAAAAUCUUUUAAGUCUUCUCGGGAUAAAAUUGAAUUUAUAAAAAGGUUUAAAAAAAUGAUUAUUCCAAGUUUUAGAAUAGAAAAGAUAAGAAAACAAAGGAAUCAUUUAAUUAUUGUUGAAUUAAUGUCUAAGAUACAAAAUAGUUUAAUAAUAAAAAGAUUAUAUCAAGAAUUAACUGACAAAGUCAAUUUAAAUGAUUUAAUAAAUGAUAUAUUGCACAUGUUUUCUAAAUCAGUAGAAAAUAUGAAAGAUGAAAAUGUUAAGAAAUUUUAUAUAGAAAUGAUGAACACACAUUUUCGUAAUAAAAAUUUAUCUGUAAUAGAUUUUAAAAAUCUAGUGCAAUUAUUUAAGAAAAAAGAAGAACAUCGUAAAAAUCAGGAAUUUUUAAAUCUAUUUCUGAAAGAUUUGAACUAUUUAGAAAAAAAUAAAAAACAAUGUGAUGAAAUAGAUGAAAAAAUUCACUCCUUAAAAUAUUUAAUAUUAGAAUCAAUAUUAAAAGAAAAGCAAUUAGAAAGAUCAGUAAAUAGAUUAUUGCUUAAUCAUGAACAAUCAAAAUAUGGUUACUUUUAUAAAAUUGAACAGAGCGAUGAUAAUACUUUAGACACCACCGAAUAUGGUAAGUUACUAGAAAAUUUUUCCAAAGAACCCAUAAAUUUUUAUUCCAUUUUAAAUAAAAGAAAUCUAGACAAACAUGCAUAUCAUGAUAUAAGAAAUUUCAACUAUAAAAAGAAAAAUUGUGAAACAUUAAAAGCAGAUAUCACCUCUUCAAGUCAUGAUCAAGUAAAUGAUGUAAAAAGUUCUUGUGAUAAUAGUAAGCCUAAGUAUCAAGGAAACGAAGAAAACCAAACAUCUGAUAAUAGUAUAAAAAAAGAAAAUAUAAGUUCCAUUGUUAAUCAAGAAAAUAACAAUGAUAGUAAUGAUAAUGAUAACAAUGGUAGUAAUGAUAAUUAUAAUAAUAAUAAAAAUGAUAAUGAUAACAAUGAUAGAAAUGAUAAUUAUAAUAUUGAUAAAAAUGAUAAUGAUAACAAUGAUAGAAAUGAUAAUUAUAAUAAUGAUAAAAAUGAUAAUGAUAGAAAUGAUAAUUAUAAUAAUGAUAAAAAUGAUAAUGAUAACAAUGGUAGUAAUGAUAAUUAUAAUAAUAAUAAAAAUGAUAAUGAUAACAAUGACAGAAAUGAUAAUUAUAAUAAUGAUAAAAAUGAUAAUGAUAGUAAUGAUAAUGAUAACAAUGGUAGUAAUGAUAAUUAUAAUAAUGAUAGUAAUGAUAAUGAUAACAAUGAUAAAAAUGAUAAUGAUAACAAUGAUAGAAAUGAUAAUUAUAAUAAUGAUAAAAAUGAUAAUGAUAACAAUGGUAGUAAUAAUAAUGAUAACAAUGAUAAAAAUGAUAAUGAUAACAAUGGUAGUAAUAACAAUGAUAAAAAUGAUAAUGAUAACAAUGAUAGAAAUAAUAAUAAUAAUAAUAAUGAUGAUGAUGAUGAUGACAAUAAUAAUAAUAAUAGUAGUACAUCGUAUAAUAUAAAUACUUCUUUAAAACAAUUAAGUGCAAACAAAAACAAAGAAAGUAACAACGGAUGUGCAGAAUAUUUCCAGAAUAACAUAAUUAACCUAAAAGAUGGGGAAGAAGAACCGGAUAAUUACAAAAAUAAAAUAGGUAGUUAUAAUAAAUGUAAAAUUAAAAAAAUAUAUUAUAAUGGUGAUGAUAAAAAACAAGAAAAGAAGAAAGAAGAUAAUGAUGAUAUGUUUGAAAAACAAGAAGAUCAAAAUGAUACAAAAAUGAAUUAUUGCAAAAUCAUUGAAAACGAUAAUGCAUUAAAUUCGUGUACAAAAAAUAAUAUCGAAAAAAAAAAAGAAUCAUAUAAGGAAGAGGACAGCAAACAAAAAAAAAAAGAUUCUAUCAAGUGUUACAUAAAUAAAUACACAAAAGAAUCAACAUUCAGAAAAUCGAAUGGUUCGGAAGGUACAAGACAAAUGAACUGUAAAGAAAAAGAUAAAUUUGACGAAGAAGAAAUUUUAAGUGAAUGGGAAUGUGAACAUGAAAGAGACAUAAUUAGAUCUAUAUGUGAAAAAAAAAAUUUUUCUUUUGCUAAUGAAAAACAGGAAAAAAUAAAUAAUGAAAUAUUUUAUAAAGUGUUUGAACAAUAUCCAUAUAGCUUUUUUUCUAAAUCAGUUAAAAAUUACAAUAUAAUUUUAAAUGAAAAUGAGGAAGAAUCUGAAUUAUCAUGGUUAACAAUGUUAAAAAAAAAAGGUCAUAACAGAUCUAUUUUACCUCCAAGCAGAGAUACAUUUAGAGACGGUACACAUUUUUCUAAUUGCCGUGCCACUGAACACACUUUGAAAUUUUUUUUGUCUCUUUUAUCAUUAUUAACAAAAGGUCAAGUUGACAUAAAUUUAAAAGAAUACCUGAAGAAAAAUAUUCAAUUUUUAAACACAGAAUUAUUUAGUAUGAAACUCAAUUUAGAUAAAAAAAGAGCUAUACUUGAAAAGAGAUUAGAUCAUUUUAACUUUCAAGAAAACUCAGAAUUUUCUUUUUAUAAUCCAUUAAAAAUGAAUAUACGUAUGAUGAAUUUAAUAGGAAGAGGAGGUUUUGCUGAAGUGUGGGAAGUUUUUGAUUCCAUAAAUUUAGAAAUGUAUGCAGCGAAAAUACAUAAAAUUGAACCGAGCAUGACAAAUGAAAUUAAAAAUAAAAUAAUUCAAAGAGCAGAAAAUGAAAUAAAUAUUCAUAUACACUGUCAUAGACACAUUUUUAUUGUAAAAUUAGAAUUUUUUUUCGUUUUUGGUUCAGCAACAAAUUUAUUAGUUGGAAUGGAAUUAUGUGAUAUAGAUUUAGAUAAGUACAUAAAAUAUCAUGGUCCAAUUAAUGAACAUUUGGCCUUAUGCUGGAUUAAACAAGUAUUACUUGGUUUACUAUAUAUGAAAAAUUUACCUACAGGAAAAGUACAUCACUGUGAUUUAAAACCAGCUAAUCUAUUAAUAAAAGAUGGCAUAAUAAAAAUAUCUGACUUUGGUUUGGCCAAAUUGAUUUUACCGGACACAUAUCAAUACUAUAAUGGAGGUGGAACAUUAUAUUAUCAACCUCCUGAGUGUUUAAAAAAUAAGAAGAAUUUGAUUAUCACAGAUAAAAUUGAUAUAUGGUCUUUAGGAUGUAUUUUUUAUGAAAUGCUUUUCUGUGAAAGACCUUUUCAAUUUAAUUAUCUUGAAAAAUGUUCAAAAGAAUUAUUAGUUAAUAAAAUGAAAAGAGGUUUAAGCUAUCCAAAAAUUAAUCAACACAUUUCAGACGUGACCUUAAGUUAUAUACAGUACCUACUAAAUUUUGAUCAUGAAUUUAGACCAUCCAUAGAAGAAGCUUUAAGCUAUCCAAUUUUUAAUUAUUUUAAUAUACCUUAA